AUGGACUCCCUCGCCGCAUUUGUCUCGUGGCCCACCGCGCCGCUCACCAACCGCCUCGUGCUCGACGCCCUCGCAAGCCUCCCGCAACCACCGAAGGUCGUCGGCUCUCUGCCGGAUCACGCUGCCGCACCCCGCCUCCUCCAUCUUGUCGUCUCCUAUGUCAUCCGAAAAGCCCUCAUUCGCAAGCACUUCCUCUCGAGAUGCAUCCACAACUAUCUCACGAAGCAUCCUACAUCGGCUCUGAACAGAGGCGUGCCCCGGACCUGGGAGCUCGAGCUCAGCUUCGCGGACGAGCUUGACGAGCUGUGGAGCGACGACCUCUACGAUUUGGCCAACGAGAUCGAGAAGAAUGACCCUGCGCAAUGGUGGAUUUUGAAGCCCGGCAUGGCAGAUCGCGGCAUGGGACUUCGACUGUUCCACAGCAAAGAGGACCUAGAGGCGAUCUUCCAGGAGUUUGAACAGGACGAGUCGGAUGCGGAGGGUGAGACGGCGGACGUUCCUGAUACUGCGGUUGCAACCUCCCAGCUUCGUCAUUUUGUGAUACAGGAAUACCUGGCCAAGCCACUGCUGCUCGAUCCUUCCGAGGUGCCUCUGGAUGACUCUCCCAAGCCUGCUGUCGGAAGUCUACAUGGACACAAAUUUCAUCUCCGGGUCUACUGCAUAGCUUCUGGGGCGAUCAAGGUCUACAUGUACGAUCGAAUCCUCGCCUUGUUUUCUGCCGUUCCCUACAAGGAGCGUGGGGAAGCUGGAGUGCGUCUCCUGGACGAAUUGGUUGGAUGCCAUGUUCUCUCUGCGCCGCAACAGCCUCGCAAGAGGCACGCGAUGGGAAAGAUGAUGGAUCCAUCCGAGAGACACAACCCAAGGCUGCAGGUCUCUGGGCCUCCAGUCUUCUCUCAAGAUGAUGUCGCUGAUCUCAAAGCCCAAAUAAGCGAUUUGCUCGCGGAGACAUUCAAAGCCGCCGUAGAGAUGAGCGUCCACUUCCAGCCGCUUCCCAACGCAUUUGAGCUGUACGGCAUCGACUUCGUAGUCACUCAUUCUCCUGAAGGUCCCCGGCAUUUGCGCGCCAAUAUCCUAGAGGUCAACUCGGAACCAGCCAUAGAGCUCACAGGCCCUCGGCUCACUUGGAUUCUGGAGGACCUCUUCAAAUCCAUUUCCAAGACCUGUGUGGAGCCCUUUUUCAGCACGGAUGGAUCACUGGCUAGCGAGGUGAAGUCCUUGAGGGUUGGGGAGACGAGAUGUAAUUUGAGGAAAUGUCUUGAUUUGCCGGUGAGAGGUGCGCAGGGCUGGUGA